AUGUCCUCCGCGGCAAGUGAAAUCCAGCGCUCCCCAGGUCGGAGAUGGCCUCGUCAUCCGUGGUGUGCUGGCAUCCGAGAAACCGCUUUUGCUUUUGGUUUAGUAGCCUUUUUGACAAGUGCUGGCAAAGGUCCGGAGGGCAGCGGCGACGAAAAACAGGUGCAGCACCAAAAGGAUCCACUGCAUGAGCUUGGGGAUCUGGCUGAGGCGGUCGAGCUCCUGAAGAGGCCUUCAGGCCUGGCGGGGAAGCAAUGCAAUCAAUGGAGCACCGAACCACAGAAGGCAGCGCAGUCAGAGAGCCGACAUCAGGAAGCCAUCAGCAUUCCGCAACCUGCCUCUGCUAUUGUACGGCCGGCCGUAAAGGGGGGGAAAUGGCUGGACGCAGAGUGGUGCCAGGUGCUGGAUGAGCCGACCUCUGGUCUUGAUUCCAAGGCCGCCGAGGCAAUCGUUGAGCUCCUGACUGGCAUUGCAGUCGCCAAUAACUUGGCUGCCCUUUGCCGAUCCCUCAGAUUCCGGCGUCUUCAACCGUGA